AUGGAAUCGCCAGUUGUUGUCGAUAAACCGCCCGAGUAUCAUGGGAAUGAGCGCGGUUUUCCAUUUGAUGAGGAGGAAGGUAGCGGUCCGUGGAGCGAUCUUGCGGCGCGUCAUCCCGAUAUAGCAGCUCGGCUACGUCAGCGACCAGCUACGUGGGCCCGUAAAAGACGCCCUUCCAGUCAGGAUACUACUGACGAUUUUGGUGAUAGCUUCAGUGGCUUUGAUAGAUUCCCCUUCGACGACAUCCCGCCUGAGUUUAGGGAACACUUCCCUUCACAUUGGAACCGUCGAUUCAGCUCUCGUGAGGACCAACCGACAUCGCCGACCUAUCAACGGCCACCGUCACCCCAGCAACAAACGGCAGCUACACAAACAGACUCGAAAGCCGGUCCUCCAGAACAAGAAGAACAGCAGAUACCACAAUACGGAUUAAGAAAUACGGUCGAUCUCGGCCAAAAAAGCCCAGCUGAUCCCAGUCUAGUUGAUGCUGAAGAUAGAACGCACAGGUCUAUGUCAGCACCACCUGACAACCGAACGGGAAACCACGCGAACAAGAUGAGCGGCCAACAACACCCAGAUCAUUUUCCCCAACAUGAACCAUCCUCCAAUGUCCGGCACAUACCUAUUUUUGUAGAAGGUAGAGAUGAACCAGUCAUAAACAAGAGAAUGGACCAUGGUACUCAUUUUGGUGACAGUAAGCCCAGUUAUGUGCCUCCUCCGCAACCUCAUAUCGAUAGAGAACAGUAUUUUGCAGAUGACACUCCCCAUGGUUUUCACCAUCCACCAAAUUUCUCAAGAUCCUUCGGAACUCCAUUUAACAAAGGCUUUAGGCAGGGACCUCAGCCUUUUACCCAGCAAAAAAUGUACCCACAAAAUGCGUUUGCGCGAGGCGCCUCACCUCAGCGAUCACAAUCCCCGAAACCGCAGGCACAACCUGAAGAACAUUUUGUAAAAGUGCCAGUAUACCAUGAGCAAACUGCUCCGCCUCCGUCCAAGCCUCAGGCGAAGCAGCCCUCACCGCAACGUGCAACUCAACCUCCACCACGACAACAGUCACCUCAACAACAAUCGCCUCAGACAUCACCUCAACCUAAACAACCCUCCUUGAAUGAUCCCAUUACGCAAAUACUUAGUAUCCAAUCCGAUGUUCUUAAUCUUAUGACAGAAGUAGAAAAUUUCUCAGGAACCAAAAAAGAUAAACAAUAUAUUUACCUAGAUGAAAUGUUAACUAGGAAUCUUAUAAAGCUAGACAACAUUGAAACGGAGGGCAAAGAAAAUAUACGACAAGCAAGGAGGGAAGCCAUCAAAUGUAUUCAGAAAUGUAUAGCUGUACUAGAAGCCAAAGCCGCCAAAAGUAAUACUACACCUCAGCCGCAAGAUGCAGAAAUGCCGACUGCGGAUGAAAAGGCUGCAGAACAGGAGGCUGUACAAAACGGUGAUGUAGAAAUGCAAGAACCGCAAAAAUCAGAACAGGAAAGUGAGUCUCAGAUAGAGCAGGCGCAACCUCAACAAUCAGAACUACAAGAAAAUAAACCUCUUAAGGCCGAAGAAGAAAAAUUAAUGGAAACGGAAGCCAUUAAAACUGAGAGUGCACCUGAAAAAAGCGAAAGUACUAAAAAAUUAACUCCGUCCAAAAGUCAAUCUGAAACAAUGGAGGCUCAGACAGUAGAGCCUGUGCAACCAGAGAUUCCCCAGUCACAGGUUAAAGAUACAAGGCCAAUUGAUGGUACGAUUCCAGAGCCAGAGACAAAAACAGAUACCCCUGAAAAAAAGAGUCCUAAAAAAGUGACUAAAGUGAUAAAAAAGCGAGACAAAAGCAAAGAUAAGACCGUAAAGGACGAAAAAGAAACAGCUAAUAAGGAAACUGCUAAAGAUAAUAAGGAUGCCGAAAUUGUAAAUAAAGAUAGCAAUAAGCAAGAACCAAUAGAGAAAAACGAAACACAUUUAGCUGACUCCAAAGGAAACGGAGAUAGCAUGGAAGUAGAUGGUGCUGCUAGUCAAUAA